AUGAGUAAAGUAAAUAACUCAAUUAACGGUGGCGAUCAUGAGGAGAGACAGCUAGAUAUGGCUACGACCCUUGAUUCUAAUACAACUACUGAUUCCACAACUACAAAAGAUUUUAUCGAAUUUAACCCAAUGGAAGAACAUUAUUUCAAAAGAGAGUUGAUUAUAUUAGAAUUAAGAAAGGAAUUCGAUGAUUUAAAUGACGUUAAUGCUUUGAAACGGUUUGGAUAUCCAUUUUCAUCUGGUUCCUCUAAAAGUUCCAAUUCUACAAGCAGUAGUUCCCACUUGCCCAGCAUUUUGAAUACUAAAUUAAGUCAUACUUCCUCUUCUCCUUCCAUCAAUAACAAUGUUGUCAGUUCCGAUAAUAUGAUUGUGAAAACAGAUUUCCCAUUAUUGAAUUAUUUUUUAAGAGAAUUUGUGAUCACAUUUCCACUAUUAUCUUCCAACAAAGCAAGUCAAGAAGAUUUUUGGCAAAAUAAAGUUCAAAAAUUUUUUGAACAUUUUAUGAAUAUGCAUUUUAGUUCUAGUUAUGACAAGCAAGAGUUAACUAAAAGGAAAAAACUUGGUAUUAAAUUAUCAAAGAUUAUUUUAUUGAUAUAUAAUUCCGGUAUUGGUGUUUCCAAAGAGGUUCGAUAUUAUAAUUGUGACAAAUACUUUAUUUUAGCCACCACGGAGGAAGAAGAAAAAAGAGAAAAAAGCAUUCAAAAAGAAUUGACGAUGGUCAAUAGUAAAGACGAUGAAAUUCAUAAGCUUAGGAAAAAAUCUCAGCUAGACAAAUUUUUAAUGCCCAGCAGAGAAAAUUUGUUAAACUUAAUCACGAACCAACCCUUUUUCCUAAAUGGCUGGGACGUAAACGUUGUUUCAGUUGUUACUGCAGAUAGGUUCAAUGGGUUAACUAAGACUUUAACGGAGGCUAAUUUGAAGUCAAAAAACAAAUUGGCUAAAAAAUACGCACCUACCAAGUUAUUUUCCAAAUUGUCAUUCUACGGCAAUUCUAACAGCAGCAGUAACACUCAAAGUAAUACAGUUAAUGAAAAUUUGAAAGCUAAGGGCUAUUAUUUUAUUUUGAAAAUUGUUAAUGAGUCUCAUCCAGAUAAUGUUCGUUAUUUGGCCAAGAGUUAUCAUGAUUUUAAAGCCUUGAACAGUUCCUUAGAAUUAGAAUUUCCAAGUAAAUUAUUGCCUAGGUUGCCCCAUAGAAAUAAAAUGGGCACCAGCAUAAUUACCAAGCAGUCGAAGAGUUCUAAAACUGGGGAAACCAUUGUAUCUUUUAAGCCACAAUCUACCACCGAAGACACCGAAGAGGUGGAUAACAAUUCUUAUGACAAUUCCACGGUUAGUUCCACCGCAAACAAUAAGGGAGAGGAGGAUUUAACUCCAAAAUUUGAAAAAGAGCUAAAAAAGGAAUUUGAAAAAAUAAAGAAAACCCAAGAAGAAAUGGAUAGAGAAAAUAAAGAAUCUUAUGAUUAUGAUGAUGAAGACGAAUAUGAUGCUGAGAAUGUGUCGCACAGUGGGUUUUUUGAUGCUAGCGAUGAGAAGAAUUCUACUUUGCCCAGAGAAAAAAUGAGAUUAUCACUUAGGAAAUAUCUACGUUUGCUGUCUUCAGAUAAAGAUAUCAGUAACGGUUUAGUGUUAAAAAAAUUUUAUGAAACUAGUAACUACGAGUUACCGUCAUCCGAGAAAAUGUUUAGCAAUGAAAUUAAAAGUGAUAUACGUAAUCGGACUUUGAUGGAUUUAACCAACUUGGAGAACCAGAUAAAAUUUCAGAAAUUAGCCUUUGAUCAAUCUUUAAGGUUGAGAAACUCAAUGAGACAAUUUAGAACUAACAUUUUGCAUGAUGAAAAGUUUAUUUUAAGUAUUUUUGCAGAGUUAAGAGACAAAGAAAAUUUGGCAGAUUUGAGUCCUUUAUUAUUAGAAUUUUUUGAUUGGUGUAAAGUUCAAGUUAGCGCCACUAUUUAUCAACUAUUUUUAGGGAAUGAUCAAAGUUAUGAAUUUUACAUUCGUGUUAGAAGGUUUCAUAAGUUAAUACCUUACAAUGUUAUUACGCAAAUUUUAAGAUUUACUAAUCCGAUGGCAAUGAUGAAGGGCUUAAUGGAUUUGUUUAUGGCACAGCCCCCCUUUGGAGGUAGUUCUUUACUACAAACUAUGUUUUCCACUAUAUUGAGCGAUGAGUUAAAAAACCAAGAGAAGUUGAUUCACAACUUGGAAAAUAUAAUUAAAGAUGAAAAUCACAGGUCUGGAGCAAAGUUGGUGGAUAUUCUUCACAAAGCUGUUUUUGAUGAUAAUUAUGUUGAUAUGGAAAAGAUGUUUGAGCAAUCCAAAAAGUUGUGUAUGCCAUUAUGUGUUGUUAUUAUUAUGGAUAAAUCUGAAUCUGGUGAGUUAAAUUCCAGGCAUGCGGAUGAGUUGAUUGAGUCGUAUACUCUUUGGAAGCGGGAACAAGCAGAAAAUAAAAAUAAAGACAACGCUAGUGCUAAAAACAAUGAGAGGAGCACUAAAUCCGGUAAAAAACUUGAUUCGUCUGGGAAUUUUAAAAAUAAUCCAGCCUUCUUAUAUUCUCAUGUUAAGGACUUGUUAAAGGUAUAUAUCAAGGAGCGGGAUAAUAGGUUAAUGAAGAAAUUAUGGCAAGACCCUGAAUUGAACCAAUUAUUAAAAUCUAUGAUAACUUUGCUAUACGAACCGAUGGUCAAAAUCUUUAAGAUUGCUAGAGUUGAUAUUGCUUUUAAAAAUUUUGAAAGAUUUAUGAAUGAUUUAAUUAAGUUAAUAGAUAAAGUUAUAGACAAUCAAAUGAACAGUUCCUUUGAUGUUGUUGAAGAAAUUAACAAGUUGGUCAAUAAACAUGAACAAUCGUUUUAUAAAUUUAUUCAUGAUAUUUACAUUAACGAUACUGAACAAAUAUUUGAAGGUAUUAUUAAAUGGGUUCUUAAAAUUAUUAAAUUUUUGCAACAUAGUAAAUAUAUGACUGAUAAAAAUAGAUUAGAUUUAGCUGCAAUGGUGUUAAAAAAUAAGGAUAAGUUGGAUUUAGUUAGGUUGCACAAACAGGUUGAUGAGAUUUUACAACAAAAAUUAGAAGCUCGAGCAAUUUACCAAAAAUUGAUCACGAAAAGAGUUCGUAAGACUAAAAAAAAACAAAAUCAUGUAGAUUUCAUGAAGGAAAGAUGGGGUAACGUCAAUAAUCAAGUUUUGCCUGGUAAGGGUCGUGAUUUUGGUGUGCAAGAUGGCGAGUUAGUUGAUUUACAAGUUGAUUUAGGUGAUUUGGGUAAAAAUGAUAGCGAUAAUGACGAUGAUGAUGAUGAUGAUGAUGAUGAUGAUGAUGAUCCAAACAACAGCAAUGAUAAACUGUUUGAUGACAAGGAUGGACGUGAAGAAGCCGAGUUAGAAAAGAAAUACAAAGAGAUUGUGUCAAGAGCAAUAGAUACUAGCGAAAUUGAGAAAUUUAAUGAGAUAUAUUUUAGGCGCAAAUUGAAAGGCCUUUUAAACGAAAGAUAA